AUGUCUGGAUUUUCAACAGAUCAGGUGUUCAAGUCUCGUGAAGAGUUGAUGGAAUGGGUUAGAAACACCGGACGUAGUCUUGGUUACGCUAUUGUGACUAAAAGAUCGAAAGCUAAAAAUGGCUACGUGUCUAAAGUUGUACUUAUGUGUGAUCGUGGUGGUGUGUAUAAAUCAGAUAAAGAUUCAAGUAGAGAGACCGGCACUAGAAAGAUAAAUUGCCCGUUUGAAAUGGUAGCGAAAUUUUCAAAAAAGAAUGGUUCUUGGACGUUAAAAGUAAAACCUGGUGAGCAUAAUCAUCCACCCGGAGAAUAUAUGGAGGGACACCCAAUCGUCAAACGAUUGACACCUAAUGAACACCAAUUGGUGGCAGAGUUGACGGGGAAGGGUGUGUUCCCAAAAGAUAUUUUAGGUGUUAUCAAGGAGCGUGAUGAAAAUAAUGUCUCUACAAUUAAAAACAUAUAUAACGCACGUGAUAAAAUUCGAGCAACGGAUCAUAAAGGGAAAUCUUUGAUGGAGGUGCUAAUGUCUCAUUUAAAUGAUAAAGGGUAUACUUUUGAAAUUUCUACCAAUAGAGUUUCAAACAUGUUGGAAGACUUAUUCUUUGUUCCUAAAAUCUCAUACAAGUACUUCCUUGAUUUUCCACAUGUGUUGCUUAUGGAUGUCACAUGCAAUACGAACAAGUAUAAAUUGCCUUUUCUUGAAAUUGUUGGUGUAACUUCUACCAACAAGACAAUCUCCAUAGCUUUUGCAGUUAUGCGUAAAGAAACAGAGGAGAAAUAUCUUUGGGCAUUAAACUGUGUCAUUUACGAACUAUCAAGAGCAGGAUUACACUCAAGAGCCUUGGAGACAUAGUUCAUUCGGGUAUCUAGAGACUGAUGAUUUUGUUGGUUACAUCAGUCCAGACGUGAACUAUCAAGUGCCUGGUGAAACAAGUCCGUUCAUAAAUCAAGAUAUUUACGGAAAAAAACCAUUCAAGGACGAUCCUGGUGAACCAAGUCCGUUCAUGACACAAGAUACAGACGGACAAGGUUUUUUUACCAACCUUUUAAACACACCGGGAUAUGAUUUCAUGGGGUUGAACCAAGAUAUUGUCGGACAAAGUUCUUUCGCCAACU